GAGGGAGAGAGAGAGAGAGAAAUCUCUAGUUAUUUAUAACGCCAAGCAGCUUUAAGGUCUCUUCACUCUAGUUUGCAAACUGCCUGCUGCUUGGAGGUCAUUCCAAAAAAAAAUCCCAGCAAACCCCAUGGCCUUCCAGCACAAUAUUUGAUCAGAAGUCUGGGCGGGCACCAGUUUUGGCAAACUGAACUUCCACACACAUGCUCUUUAGUACCUAGGAAGAUCACACAGGCGAAUCCUGAAGCUCUGGAAAAAGGUGUCUCUUCUCAGUCUAGGCUGCCGUGAAGUUUGUGGCAUAAUGCACUGGGUUUCUGUUCUUAUUAUCGCUGGUCUCUGCAGGGUGGGCUUCAGCCAGUAUGAUGAUCAAUAUGAUGACAUCUUCUGGUUGCAACAAUAUUUACGCAGCCAGUCUUCAUCUUACAGCUACUCACCAUAUUAUGAAGAUGAGAUUCCCCCCUACUCUUCCUACUCCUAUGCACCAGCUGAGUCCUCUGUCGGUGAGCCUGUCCCUGAACCACCUGUAUCCAGAGAAUGCCCCCAAGAAUGUGAAUGCCCUCCUAACUUCUCUUCUGCUUUGUACUGCGAUGCUCGCAAUCUCAGAUACCUUCCUUUCGUGCCUUCCAGGAUGAAAUACGCUUACUUCCAGAACAACCAAAUUACAGCUAUCCAAGAGGGAGCUUUUGAUAAUGCUACCAACCUGGAGUGGCUUGCAUUACAUAGCAACCAAAUCACCAGUGAGAAGAUGGGGAAGAGGGUCUUUGCUAAGCUCAAGAAUCUAGAAAGAUUGUACCUUGACCAUAACAACCUGACCAAAAUGCCUACUCCACUCCCACGGUCACUACGAGAACUUCACCUGGCAUAUAAUCAGAUUUCCAAGGUUCCAUCCAAUGCUCUUGAAGGCUUGGAGAACCUCACUGCCCUCUAUCUCAGCCACAAUCAGAUCCAUGAAAUUGGAGCUAACCUCAAGGGGUUGAAGUCUCUGAUUCUUGCAGACCUAAGCUAUAACCAACUUAGGAGAGUCCCUGAUGGCCUUCCCAGUUCCUUGGAGCAACUCUAUCUAGAGCAUAACCACAUAAACACUAUUCCUGAUGAUUAUUUCAAGAUCUCUCCUAAAUUGCUCUACGUAAGGAUGUCUCACAACAGCCUGACAAGUGAAGGACUUGCCCCCAAUGCUUUCAAUGCCAGCAGCCUCUUGGAAUUGGAUCUCUCUUACAACAGGCUUCAGAAGAUACCGCGAGUCAGUACUAGUCUGGAGAAUCUCUACCUCCAAGGGAACAGAAUAAAUGAAUUCACCAUCAACAGUUUCUGCACCAUCGUAGACAUCAUGAACUUUUCCAAACUACAAGUCUUGAGGCUGGAUGGGAACGAUAUCCAUCGGAAUAAUGUGCCCUCGGAUGCCCCACUCUGCCUGCGAUGGGCCAGCGUCAUAGAGAUUUAGCCAUUGCUCUUCUUUGUUUUCUUAAACACUCAAAACAAGGCCAAAUUCUUCUUGCGAUCACACAGGGGCAAAGGCCUACAUUCUCUAGUUAACACUGCUUCAUUUGACUUGGCUUCUGCAAUUGUAUAAUAUAGGAAAGACUGAUAAUUUGAUCCAACAGAUGCUGCCCAUAUUAGCUAGUCUGGUGAUGACACAUAUGCAACCAAAAUUUUUGACCACCUUUACUUCGUCUUCUCUGUUCCUCCUCUUUAAACAGCCCAGUCAUGACUUGCUUUUAGUAAGAUGCUGUUAGGCACUAUUUGUCUCUCCUUUUGGGUGGGUGGGGCAGAUAAUUUUUGUUCCUGUUGUUUUUUCAUUCCACAUGGAUAGCUUUCGCAGUUUGCUGCCUUUGGGCUUCGUUUUUCCAUGUAGGAGGGUUGCAAGGGGAAAGGAGCCUGUGGGGAGGGGUACAGAAAAGACUGAAGCCAAAUCAAAUGAAAACAGAUUAAAUAUUUGGCCACACAGCAUGGAGCAAUUAGAGAGGGUUUGGAAAAGCAAUAGAGAGAAUGAAUUACUGACAGGGUAAGAGCCAGCUCUUCAGAUGGUUUUCAAACCUGAAUAUAGCUCCCCUGGUGCCAUAUUCUGAUUAGGUAGCACCUUCCUAAUAUUUUGUUUCUCAGUUUGUUUGUUUUUCAUUAGUUUUCUUUGUUAUUGAUUAUAACAACACAAAAAAACAAACAAGUGAGAACUGAAAAGCCCCACAAUCAGUCAUACACAUAUAAUAAUAUAAUGACAUAAUUGUGAUGAUAUAUAUUGAAUUCCACCAUGAAGUUACCAAAUCGUAUCAUUCAUGAAAACAUUUAUCAGUUUUGCUAUGAAAGGACAUAAUGAUAAAUGUAUUUCAAAUACUUUUACAAUUCCAUGAAGUGCCAUUUCCCCAUUACUUCAGUAUUCUUAUACUGUACUAAAUGUUUAACAGCCAUGUUUUAAUGUCAGCCUUAUAGUUUAACUUCUUUCAGUUUUGUGCAGUCAGUAACUUUGUGGCAGAAAUAUGUUUUUAAAAUGCUGCCACCUGGGAUUUUGAAGUUAUUGCUUUUAGAUAGAUUAAAAAGUGCAAUUGCUGGAUCGGUUACUAUUUACAGUUUCUCACAACUAGGCAGGUCCAUUAUAUAUGUAGAAAAACUCUAUUCAUACCACAUCUGCAUGGGCAGAAUAAAAUAGAGGACAAAAGGGAAUUUUAAUGGAUUUGUACAUUUAUGAUGGUAUUGAACCAUGCUUGGGGCUUUGGAUACACAGCAUAUUAUUGACCUCUUUCAGCCUUGACUGGAAAGAGUUUUGUCAGGCCCCUUCUAUAGUGCAGUUCAGUUUAUUAAUCAGUGCUUGCAAAAUACAAAAUGUCUUUCCAUAUCCUGCUUCAGUGCAUAUAAAGAAUACUUCUGUUAUUGAAAUAACAUUCCCAGCCAGUAAUAAAAUGUAAUGUGAGCCAAGUCAGCAUUAAAGUAUCUGGCAAGAACUCACCAUUAUUCAGCAAGGUAUUAUUUCAACAGCAUAUCAUGAAAAACUGGGAGCUUUAUGGUUAUACCAUUCUGUAAGUGCCCUUUUGGGUAUACCAUCCAAUUCAAAUCUAAUCAAAUUUCAUUCUUGCAACAGAAUCCCAUUCUACCAUUUCAUGUUUUUAAUUGCAUUCAUUGUGACUUAUUUCCUUGGCUGCAGAAGUGUCUGGGCUGCAUUUUGUGCACUUAGCACCAAGGUCUGUCACAAGAAUGUCUCACCUUUUCUCUUAGAGCUCUCAUCCCUUAGCCUUUCAAUUAUUUUGUUUCAUGAAGAGAUGGUAAAGGACAUAAAACAAGAACUGAAUAUAAUACAGAGUCUGAGAUGUUGGAAAUGCCAUCAAAGUCUGUAUUUUAAGUGCAUGCUUAUAAUAUAAAAGAAAUAUGUAGAACCAUGAACUGUAGAUAUAAUUACUGAUCAAUAAAAAAUUUUCUAUAAUUGCA